AUGUUGUUGCAUUUUUCUGGACCAUGUUCUAUUAUCCAAAAAUUAUCCAUGUGGAAGAUGCGUCUCAUGAAGGAGAGCUCUUUGAGGAAGGCCAUGAUCACGUUGGUAGCAAUGAUCAUGCUCGUUCUGUUCCCUACUGGAACACUCUGCUACACUCAAGAACCAUCACUUAACAGCAACAACAACCUCAAUAGGAUGAUAGAUAGAGGCCAUUCAUUACACAAACAGUGGCAUCAUGUACUUACUCGUGCCGCUCGUAUGAUUCCUGGAACGCCACUACCAACACAAUACAGUGUUUGGAAUGAACCCAUUCCGAUUGGAACUCUCAUGAAUUGUACCUCCUCUCAGAUCCAUCAAGCACGAGAGAGUCUCAAUGAAAUGAUGAACUAUUUGCAGCAACCCUUAAACGUUACUCCAGAUGUGGUGCUGGCCAAGGUCGUUGAGUUUUCUCUCACCCAAGCCACUCAAGUCUAUGGAUGCUCCGAAUUGAUCAAUCCCAUGAUUCUUCAACGUACCGACUCGAUCCUUCCAUUGAUACAUACCAAGGCUUGUACCUAUGAGAAUCAUUCGGAUCCAUUGUAUCUGAAAGAUCCAUGUUGUAGUCCUCAAGCAGCUCUCACGGCAUGUUGUGCUCCACGGACGGUUCCAUUCAAAACUCAACGCAUUACUCAAUUCAAUUCGACGUUUAUUGCACAGACUUGUCAAAGUCCAAAAGAAACAGAAAUAUUUGUGUACAAUUAUUAUAGGCAAUAUAUUGAGGAGACUCUUCCCUUGUGCCAGAGUGGUUUUGAUCUGUUCACCUCGAAAAUUAAUGCAUUUGUUGAUGGUAUUACACAAUGUAGUGUGGAGUCUAGUGCUGCUGCUGCUGCGAGUGGAUUGUACGGUUUGCCAACUUUAGAUCAAGUCAAUGAGUUUGCUGCAUGUUGGAUUGACACUCUUCCAAAAAGUGCCAUUCGUAAUGCCUUAACCUUAAUGGGACAAUCCAUUCACGAGUACAAUAGAAAAUCAAAAGAUGAAUUAAUUACACUCUUCAAAUAUUUCAUGAUCGAUCAAUAUGGACAAGAUUCAUGUGAGGACUCCAUGGGAACAGUUCGAUACGGUUACUCGCAAGAAGAUUGUGAACAACCUGUUUGUAAUGUGGACUCAAGCUUACCACUCGAAAAUUGCACUGGACAAGUAUGUGGCACGGAAUGUCACACCGUUUCAUUCGGAAAUGCUACCUAUUGCAAACAAGAACAAACGCAGUUCAAUGAUCCAACUAGUUGUGAGGCUUCCAAGGGAUGUUUUUAUGAUGCAUUAAGACUCGUUGACGAUACAAGUUUCUCCAAUGAAUCUGCAUGUGCUGCAAGUGGAAAAUGCUCUCAAAGCUUGUGUGCACACGAAUGUUCCAAAUCGAAAUGUGAAAGUAUGGGAAUUUGUGAACGUUUUCCUGUUAUUGCUGGCAAGUUUUCCAGUCAUUCCGACAUUUAUUGUGUGUACACACCUAUGGUGUCAGAUGGCAAGACCAUAUGUAAGAAUAAUGAUACUCUUACCGUGAUUGGAUGCAUUACAGAACAAGUCCAGAGUGCUUUGGCGUGUGACUCCAUGAAAGCCUCUCCAAUUUCGUACCCUUCAACAAGUUCUGAAUGUUUGAAAUGGACUCUCUGUAAGGAAGACACUGGAGCCUUCUCGUUCAAGAAUUCUACAAGUUGUGCUCAGUGUGGUGGAACUGUAGUGUCACCUUUUAGAUGGACAUCAGCAUCUUGGGUUCCAGGCCAAUAUCGGAGCAUGAACCAGUGGAUUGGACGAACGGCAAUUACCGGAUUUGCAAAGCAGAGAAGAGCCCUUGACAUGGUUGCAGUCAUGUCACUAAGUUAUCGUUUGGUCGCAAUGGAUGUCUUUCCAAUGUUGUUGUCCUACGUGUCGUGUAUUGCUGAGCCAGUUCUAACAGCUCUCAAUCAAGUCGUUUGUGACUGUGUUGACAGAAGCAGUUCAUGCUAUAGCAAACCAUUCAGAACGAGUGUAGGAUUUGUACGAGCCAAUGACGCUAGUGUCACCUAUAGUGUCGAUCAGUUGUUGUCUUUAACUUUUAAACAAAUUAACACUUCAUGCUUGUUGAAUAUUGAACGAGAGGGUCUCAUGAAUCGAGUACCACCUUCCGUACGAACAGUUAGAAAUGUAUUGACAGUCGUUGACAAUAGUAAUGUUUUGGUUGGAGACGGAUUUUGUGUGAAAGGUGCAUCCAUUGGAGACAUUUUAACCAUGUGCCUUAAAAAAAGAGAUGACAUUGCAGUGAAUUCAACGUUUUAUCAAACUCCUGCCAUACUUGCCAAAAAUUCGAACAAGAACAUGACCGAGUGGAUUUAUGGUCAUAAGGUUACCUACGAUUCCACAAUGCAACAAGUAUGUGUGGAGAUUCAAGUGAAACAAGACACCUCGUCGACAUUUUUCUUCCCUGCUUUUAUACAUCUUGAUAUGGUCGUGUCAGCAAGCCCUUCCUUGCAUCACGCAAUGUCGACAUUGUGCCUUGUAGUGGUCUUGUGCUUGUUCAAGUUGGUUGUUCAAUAA